AAGCUUCUUGGCUGUGUGGACUCGCCACAUGCUAAGCACCUGAGCAUCUACAUGCCACACUUGCACAUGCCUAGGAGUGGGGCCAUGCAUACGAUCCAUGGGCUGUGCAGGGUCUGCAUCCAGCGCAAGCUGCCUCAGGUGACUAUUCUGCGAGGAAAGGAUGGCUAUGGUUUCACUAUUUGCUCGGACUCUCCUGUGAGAGUUCAAGCUGUGGACCCUGGUGGCCCGGCAGAUCAAGCUGGACUGAAGCAGUUUGACACAGUGCUGCAGCUGAAUGGCCAACCGGUAGAACAUUGGAAGUGUGUGGAUCUUGCUCACACCAUCAGGAACUGCCGUACUGAGAUCACCUUGAUUGUGUGGCGCACGGUGCCCAUUGUGAAGCCGGGUUUUGAAGGGCUUAUUCACAGGCCAUCUUACAAGCCAACUGGUUACACCUUUUCCCCUAGCAAGAAACACGAGAAGAGACCAUCGGUGACUCCCCUGUCUGCUGCUGGCAGACAAAGCCGACGGGUCCUUGUCAAUGGGUCACAGGGUGCCAGUGGUGAGCUGGGGUCCCCUUGGGGCGAGCAGCAAGGAGAUAUUAAUGAGAAAUCCAGAACACAGACUCUGAAGGGAACACAUCUGACAUCAUCAUCUGGCGACAACUACAUUAUUCUUGAACCAAUCAACCCUGGAAGCCAGAUACUCAGACCGUUUUAUCAGGACAACCAUGGCACACUUGCAGGUAGGAUGUAUCGAACUCAUCCAGCCAAUGGACUUGAGCCAGAAAGAGAGCUGGAAAGCAGACCUACAUUCUUGCGACGGUCAGCCAGCAACAAGGUGUCCGAAGAGAUGCCCUCAGCGAGCUACCAACAGAACUUUGCCAACUAUCAAAAUUGCACCAUCGUCAGGUCCCACAUUGCUCACACAAACUACAGCACCUAUGUGAAACUGGCACCUAAAAUACUCAUCUUCCCCAUUUUUGUACAGCCCCUGGACCUGUGUAAUCCAGCACGCUCCCUGAUGUUGUUGGAGGAGCUGGUUCUGCAUGAGAGCAGGCACCUGUCCAUCAAGGUGACAGUAUUCCUCUACACUGACUUGGUGCUGCUGACACGGGAAGAUGAGCCGGGCCGCUGCAAUGUGCUGCAGAAUCCACUGUUUCUGCAUCACCUUCGACUGCAGGAAGAUCCUGCUGAAGAAAUGAGGUUCUACAUAAUUCAAGUGACAGAGAAGAGUGAGUGCCUGUUUAGUCUGGAUGCAUAUUCUGGGGAGCAGAAGAGGAGGGUGUGUCAGUGCCUAAGAGACAACAUUGAGCGGCAGCUGCAGCGACGACAGAAGCCCAGCUCCACUGAGCAGAUGCUGGAGCCCAAGGCUGACGAGCACUGUGAGCUGAGUUUUCUGGUCUCAGGGCACCGAAGGUCUGAAGAGGAUUGCUCCCCCAUCAUGGCCAGUCCCCAACCAGAGGAGCUACUGCCUCUGGAGGAAGUGCGUGCCUCAGUGGAGGGUGAACUGAAGGUGGUCCACACUCUGCCUAUCCCUGCAAGGGGAGACUGCAAAGGCACCGAGAUCCGGAGGGAGAAAGGGCAAGACAAUGAGGUGCUAGAGGAGAAGGAGGAAGGAGGAAAGAGGCUUCUGGGAGUGGAGGACAGAGCUGUAGCCUCCCUGCCUUCAUCCUCCCCACCCACCUUCAUCAUCCCUGAGCUGCGGCUUGACCGUUCCUUCAGUGCAGAUGGCUUGUCUUCGCCAGGUACUGAUGGGGAGGAGGAUGAGGAGGAGGAGGAUGAGGGGAACAAUGAUGAGUUCUACCUAGGAUGCCGCGAUGGCAAGCGGCGCAGUAUGGUGGAGGCCCCGUCGUGCGAAAAGCACCGGGGGGGGCUGAGCGUACAGAGCUCCCUGCGACGGCGCACACACAGUGAGGGAAGCUUGCUGCAGGAAUCACGCGCACCGUGCUUCACAUCCGACAACGCCAUCAACUGCCUGGACUCGGCAGGGACUCACAAGGGUGGCUGGACCCUACCCUCCCCAAAGACCUUGAAGAAGGAGCUAGCCAAGAACGGAGGCUCCAUGCACCAGCUGUACAUGCUCUUUUCUGGGAGGAAGCUCAGUGGUGGAUCUGAAUGCAGUUGUGAAGAAGGACCGGAGGGCACCAGGAAGAAGAAAUCCAAGAACCUGGCCAAAGACAUGAAGAACCGGCUGACGUUUCUAAGAAAGCGCAAUGAGUCUCCCGGAAGUAACCCGUCUUGCAAGCUGGACAAAGCCAUGAAGUCAGUCAAACCCACCCCAGAAGAGGCGCUGAGGUGGGGGGAAUCCCUCGAUAAGCUGCUUGUCCACAAAUAUGGCCUGGCUGCUUUCAGAGCCUUCCUCCGAACUGAGUUCAGUGAAGAGAAUCUAGAAUUCUGGCUGGCAUGUGAAGACUACAAGAAGAUUAAAUCACAGUCCAAAAUGGCAUCUAAAGCAAAAAAGAUAUUUUCAGAAUACAUUGCUAUACAGUCCUGCAAGGAGGUUAACCUGGAUUCGUACACCAGGGAACACACUAAGGAAAACCUGCAGAACAUCACAUGCAGUUGCUUUGACCUUGCCCAGAAGAGGAUAUAUGGUCUCAUGGAAAAGGACUCCUAUCCUCGUUUCCUGCGCUCAGAACUCUACGUGGACUUGGUUAACCAAAAAAAGCCUAAUUCCAUGUCUGCCUCCUCAUCGUAAGGUCACAGAGCAAAAGGGAACAAAGACUCAUGGCUGUCAAAUUCAGUUUCUUUUCCAUCAAGUUUUCUAUGAUUUCUGCUACUGAGUGUGGAGGGGCUCUGCGUUGUUUACACUGAGUGGAUCAGAACCCCAGAGGAGGAGGUCAGCUGAGAUCCAUUUGGAUGAGGGGCAGUAUGCCUUCAGUUUUCUGCAAUUAAUAUAAUAUUUAAUUUUUCCAUUUGAGCUAAAGCUGGGAUGAGGUUUUCAGCCCACAGACAUGGAAUCCUGCAUUGGUUUUGAUCAUUCCCUUGAUCUAAUUAGUCCUUCUUUUACCCUGUUUGAAGAGUAGGUACAACAAAUGAAUAAAAAUGCAAUAUUGUCAAUUUAUAUAAUUUUUUCAAGUCAUUGUAAAAAUGUUGGAAAACAUUAACAAGCUUACUUUUUAAAAAGAUUAGCUGCAGUUUCUAUAGCAUGAUCCCCAUCUAAUCCCUCCUCAGUUUUCUGUUUAGUGGGGUUCUUCCCUCCUUGUAUGCAUCAGCAGAGUGGUGCUCAGAGCAACAGGAUGGACACUGGUCAAUGGAUGGAUGGACCAAAAAGGCAAAGCAAAAGUGGUCUGUCUUUUGCUGCCAUUUUCACACACUGAUGGAUCUUAGAAGGAACUGAAACCUGUCUCCAAAGACUGAGAUGUUCUGUGGAGCCAAUAGGCAAUUCUUCUUAGGUAGGACUAGACUGGACAAAGCAGUAUUCUCAGGACAUCAAGGCACUCAACUAUGAAGCUUCCAAGCUUGAUCUUAAUUUUUUUUUUUCUUAUGUUGUUGUUUCAACCUGCACUCACUCAGAUACAGUGGUACACUGUUAAGGGUUUGUCCUUUAUAUAGAAAACAGUUUCUUGAUUUCUGGACUAAGGUUUUCUUAUUUAUUUAGACACAAUGCUGGUUGCUUCAAAUCAGUGCUCUCUAUUCAUAGCUGUCCCUUCCCAUGACUAUAAGCCAAGUUAAAUAUAGUCCUAAUUUCAAGUGCAAUAUUUUUGUUCUGUUUG